UGUGGCAGACACUGUCCGGCACGUAGGGAAUAAGUUACUGCGGACCGUUACCGGGCACAAACCUUGUUGUUGUUCAUCUUGAUUAUCUGAACUCGGACGAACCGUUAUACACAGGGUGAACAUGACAUUAUUUUGUCAUCAACUUUUCAUCCUCCUAUGGAUUGUUGUCACAGUGUUGUCGACCCCAGUCUCCACUGAACCCAGCUCCGACACCACAGACCGAGCCACCACCACCCAGGACCCCUCAACUGUCCACCCUAGCACUGAUGGCACCUCACCCACAACAGCAGCCGUCUCUAAAACUAAAGAGGUCUCUACUACGACGGACCUGACCUCAACUUCUGAUACGACAGAGUCUACAGGAGCAGUCGGCACCACUGCGACAGAAACAAGAACUAUCCCGUCAGUCAGCACAGCAGAGAUGACUUCCUCCCACAAGACCUCAGCGUACACUGUCACGUCCCCUGAGUCGACGGAAAAAGACAGUCAAUCUACAGACAGUGGCAUGACAACACCCACCACCACACCUGCCCUUAGCAGAGGGGUCUCUCCGUCUACCACGGAACAUGCCGGAGCCACCUCCUCUGUCACCACGGAGACAGGCCAUACCUCAAACACAACUCCAGACAUUGUCCCAACCAGCAGUACCAAAGAGCCAGGCACACAUGAAACAACAGCUAUCAAUACAGCUACCACAAAUACAGGUCCCAAAGACAGUGAGACCACAGGUACAGGGAUCGAGUCCACCAUCCCACCAACUGGUCAGACCUCUCUGUCUUCAACACACCCCUCCUUCACUACAAAGGGCCCUGAGACCUCUCUCCCAGUAACAGAGGGUGGUACCCUGUCUUCAACACGCCCCUCCUCCACUACAAAGGGCCCUGAGAUCUCUCUACCAGUAACAGAGGGUGGUACCCUGUCUUCAACACGCCCCUCCUCCACUACAAAGGGCCCUGAGAUCUCUCUCCCAGUAUCACAUGGUACCUCGCCCUCUACCUUGUCCACCGCCAAUACAGAGGGCUCCCAGGUCCCCACUACAAAGGGCCCUGAGACCUCUCUCCCGGUGACCGAUGGCGCCACGUCCUCAACCCCCACAGCUACCAUUACAGGGAGCCCUCAUACAGACAAAACCACUGGAACACAGGGGACUACCGAUUCUACAACCACAGCUGACACUCCAGCCUUGCCCCCCACCUCCGGGUCUUCCUCCAGCCCACCCUCUCCAGUCUCAACCCAAACCCCAGGCAGCAGCACUGAGGCCCCCAUAGACACCUCCACCACCAACCCUGCCACCUCACCCACCAUCAUACCUACAGGAGAAACCUCUGAACAACCAACUAGCAAAAUUAGUGAGAGCCCACUUCCUCCUUUCCACACCUCCACCUCCCCUACCGGUGGAAUCACUACCCAGCCAGAGUCAGCCAUCACUGCUACCACAUCCCUGCCUCCACCCAUCUCCAUAGUGUGUCCCUCCACUCCCUGUCCGUAUGAUAGCAUCUGUCUCAAUGGCACCUGCCAGUGUGUGUCUGGGACCUUCCUCCUAGAGGGCCGCUGUGUACAAGCCCAAGUGUUCUCUGGAGACCUGCAUCUCAACCAGGCAUUUCAGGAUGAAAUGAGCAACCGGUCAUCAGUGAUAUUUCAGCAAACAGCAGCCAGGAUCUCAGAGGCACUGAGAAGAGCCUUGGAAAACGAGUCUGGAUACAGCCAAACUGAUGUGGUGCUGCUUCGGCAAGGCAGUGUGAUCGCGACCGUGAACAACGUGUUUAAACUAGGCUCCAGCGCCACCCAGACUUCGACCAAUGGCGCUAUAGAGAAAGCCAUACAAGCCUGUGGCACGACCUGUGGGACUAUACUGGAAAGAGCUGCAUUUACCGCCACUGACCUAUGUGAUCAGACCCCCCAACCGUGUGAUGUCCGCUCUACUACGUGCGAGUACAAAGAAGAUGGAGUGACCAGAUGCUUCUGUAAGGCUGGCUACAUCAACAGCUUCUACUCAAACCAAAGCUGCACAGCCUGUCCCAGUGGUGAAAGGUCAGAGGGAGACACAUGUGUGCCAUGCUCGUUUGGCUACGCUGGAUUCAACUGCACUGACUCGGCUCUGUUGGCAGUGGUGGUCAUCGCCUGUGUACUGGGGGGAGUCCUUCUCAUCAUGCUGCUGGCCUUGUUUGCAUAUUGCUGCUGGUACCGGUCGCAGUCAGUGAAGAAGCCUUCAGCAGAGUUUAGCAGCCCGUACCCUGUGGAGGACUUCCAGGGCCCCUGGUCCACCACCCAGGGCAUCACCCCCAUCCCCCGGGCCAGCACCAACUGGGCUUCAGCCCCCAUGGAGAUGACCGAAGGGGGCAGCACACACCACCUGGUCGACAUGAAGCCCCACACCAACGGAGCGGGAUUCCACAUCCUGCCUAAACGGGGGAAGAAGACCGGGUCGUAUGACCUGACCUCAGACAACAUGAACACGUUCAAGGGGAAGAACCAGUCUCGCUACUCCUACCUGGUGCAGGGCCACGAGAACCCUUACUUCAUACCUGCAGAUGACAGGAGACCCGUAUGAGAACCUCAGUGACGUCUGGAGGCAAGGGCCCGUAUCCACACAGCGUCUCAGAGCAGAAAUGCUGAUCUUGGAUCAUUCUUUGCCUUCUUAAAUUAUAAUGACUAAAAAGGGGAGACCUGAUCCUGGAUCAGCAAUCCUACUCUUAGAUGCUUUGUUAAUAUUUGCUGUUGAGAGGAGAGAAGGACGGGUUAGAGAGAGGAGGGAAGGCUACAGGGAAGAUAUGGGGGGGGGGGGGGUGUGUGUAUCGGACAAAAAUGGCUGAAGAUCAAAUUGAGAAGUCACUGACUUCUAGUAACUCUGGGUAUAGGUACAUCUUAUCACUGUAUGCGUGUUGAACUAUGUAGAACUCUGUGUAUACCUUUUCAUCAGGAUGUUGGUAUAGAUGCCGUGUACUGUGUAGGGCAUCUGUAGUCAUUUGUGGUUUACAGUCCUUCAAGGACUGGAAUCAUUCACGGUUUAACGGCACAACUACAAGGGACUUGGCAGCAGGGUUUUAAAUAUGUUCUUCUUGAAUCCAUUCUCAAAAUCAGCUUUAUGAUUCACAACAAUCUGAGGUCAAACAUUCACUGACUUCCCAGGGAUUCACUUCAAUAACUGACACCACCAAAGAGGAUUGUGAACACUAUAAAUUCAUGGUUUUACUUUUGAAAUGUUCCCGUUCAUCUGAUCAUAGUCUUUAUCCUGUUCUGCAAUACAAAGAGAGGAUUCUGAACAAGAUUUGUAAAAAGAAUAAUUAAAAAAAAUAAAGUAAUAUUAUGUUUUAUUUGUGUCUAUUGGGCUGCGUUUCGACUGCCAGCCCAAAUCCUAUAUUUUUUUUUCUUUGUGGUUGGUCAAAAGACCAAUUAGUGGGAAGAAAAAGGUCGGAAUUGGACUGCCUUAAACGCAGCCUUAUUGAAUGAAGACUGAGCUGAAUAUAGCUUGUCAUAGCCAGUAGGUGUGGCCAUUGUUCAGGGUCAAGCUUUUCAUCUUUCUUCUCUCUACAGUAUGUGGGUACUUUUUAUUUUUUAUUUAUUUUUUAUUUCACCUUUAUUUAACCAGGUAGGCUAGUUGAGAACAAGUUCUCAUUUACAACUGACUUGGCCAAGAUAAAGCAAAGCAGUGUGACACAGACAACAACACAGAGUUACACAUGGAAUCAACAAUAAACAAGCCAAUAACACAAUAAACAAGUCAAUGACACAGUAGAAAAAAAAAGAAAGUCUAUAUGAACAGUGUGCAAAAGGAGGUAGGCAAUAAAUAGGCCAGAGGAGCGAAUAAUUACAAUUUAGCAGAUUAACACUAAGGUGAUAAAUGAGCAGAUGAUGAUGUGCAAGUAGAGAUACUGGUGUGCAAAAGAGCAGAAAAUUACAUUAAAAACAGUAAGGGGAUGAGGUAGGUAGAUUGGGUGGGCUAUUUACAGAUGGACUAUGCACAGCUGCAGCGAUCGGUUACAGUUAGUUAAGUUACCUGUAUGUCUAUGUCUUAUUGAAGAGAUUACUGAUAGAUUUUAUUGAAGAUGGGUCAUUCUGCAUUGUAGUGUCUGCGCUCUCACAAUCAACGUAGUAUUUGAAAGUGAUUCAUCCCUUGCUAAUUGCACUGAAUUAUGUAUUGCGUUUCACUACAUGUGAUUUGUUUGAGUGGGAGGGAAUCAUAGACACAUUCUCAGCGAGAGCAAAUUUAUUUGAGUAUUUUAUACUUUAGGAUUGAAUGAGGAGAGCUGUGUGUAUGAAUGGCUGAAGGAGCUGGAUCCCUAGUUCAGGGAUUUAUACAGUAAAGGGAUAUUUUUGUUUUUAGUCUUGUCUGGAGCUGAUAGACCUACUCUACAGUCUAUUAGUCUGGCCUGGAGCUGAUAGACCUACUCCACAGUCUUUUAGUCUGGCCUGGAGCGGAGUAGGCCUACAUUUUUUUGUUAUUAAUACCUUCCCUGCUGAAGCUGUCUGGAUCUGCAAACGUGCCUGUUUCGAUUGGUCUUUUUGAAGAAUAGGAAAAUUAUGCAAAAGAAAGCUCUCGACAAAGCUUGUUCUCGGAUGUGCCAAUUACGAUGUCUAUACAGUUUCCGCAAAAAUAUGAUGUAUCUGGAAGUUGUUCAUGUGUCUGUGUGUAUUUGUGAGUAUGUGUCAUGGAGACAGUGCACUAUUUUCUAAAUGUACAUACAACUUUUGUAAAUGAAAUGUCUUACUGCAGAGAAUGUAAGUGCGAUGAAAAUAAAUACAUUUAAACAC